ACGUUUCACCAUUGUUCGAAGAGCGAAGAAAAAAUUGUGUGAAUUAUUUUCUGCUGCAAAAAACCUGCGAUAAUUGCGUUUCAGGGUGUUCCGCAGUGAGCAAAAGUGGUGUAUUUUGUGCAGAGAGUCGAAUUGUGUGUGAGACAGAAUGUCGUAUGCGUAUUUAUUUAAGUACAUCAUCAUUGGUGAUACGGGUGUCGGGAAAUCUUGUCUCCUCCUCCAGUUCACCGAUAAGCGCUUCCAGCCUGUUCAUGAUCUCACCAUUGGAGUAGAGUUUGGCGCCCGAAUGAUAACGAUUGAUGGCAAACAGAUUAAAUUACAAAUUUGGGACACAGCAGGACAAGAGGCGUUUAGAUCAAUUACCCGCUCGUACUACCGCGGAGCAGCUGGGGCCCUUCUGGUCUACGACAUCACGCGCAGGGAGACGUUCAGCCACCUCACGACCUGGCUGGAGGACGCGCGGCAGCACUCCAACUCGAACAUGGUCAUCAUGCUGAUUGGAAACAAGAGUGACCUGGAUUCGCGUCGCGAGGUGAAGAAGGAGGAGGGCGAGGCGUUCGCCCGGGAGCAUGGGCUCGUCUUUAUGGAGACAUCCGCUCGCACGGCUGCCAAUGUCGAGGAGGCGUUCAUCAACACGGCGAAGGAGAUCUACGAGAAGAUUCAGGAGGGUGUUUUCGACAUAAACAACGAGGCGAAUGGAAUUAAAAUUGGCCAGCAACAUUCCCCAACAAGCCCUUCCUUGCCCGGUGGAGGAAAUCAAAGUGGCCAGCCGGGCGGCGGGUGCUGCUAAAUCAGCCUCGGGACUUCGCUGAACACGAGAGGAGAGUCUUCGCGCGAACGAAUGGAAGGAGCAUCGUGACUGUGAGUGUAUGUUGACAUCUGAAAUUCCCCUGAAAGAAAAUCACAAGAUGAGAGACACUUUUAAUUCCAAUAAAAAGAAAAGAAAGCCCACGAAAAUCUGCUCAUGUGUGUGUGCGGUUUGUCUCAUUAAAAUCUCAAUGGUAGAUCACAGGAAGAAGAAGAAGUGGGGAAAAUUUAUUCACUAUCGCUAUGGACGUAAAAUAUUUACCCAGUUUAUAAAGGAUAAAAAAUAAUAUGGAAAAUAAAUGAAAAAAAACUCUAUGACUUUAAUAUGCUGUAAUAAUUGAUACAGAAAGUCAAAGUAUAAGUUGUGUAUGUGACUUAUAAGUAUAUAAAGAAGGAAAAGGGAUAAUGUUAAGGAUUACCCUUGCGUUCAAUUUCUUUUCUAUGCGUUUUUAGUGAACAAGAAAAAGAUGAAUUUUUUCAUAAAA